GGUGUUGUGCGUUUCGGUUCGUGUUUGUGCGAGGUUUAUAUAUCCAGAUAUUGAAAUAACGUUUCUAACACAAUCCAAGAGAUCCAACAGGAGAUGUUCGUUCGAUGAUUGAAGUGGAGUGACUCCCUGAUUAGAAUGCGUGAUGUCAGCUAUAUACCCUCUCUGAUGUAUCAAGUGUCUUAGCCAUAUAUGGCAAGUGACUCACCAUAUAUGGCAAGGGAACAGAGUGGGAAGUUAGCAAUACUAGCAAGUGAGUCAGGGUUCAGAGGUCGAGCUGAUGAUAUAAUAUUAACCCUCCAAAACCCACCACCCAGAUACCGUAACACUACCCCCCACGGACAAGACACUGUUGACUCCUGUCAACUGAACCAGAGGGCAUAUAACCUCCAUCACCGCAUUUCAUCAGAAUUCAAAUCCAAAGUUUAUUUAUAUUUUGAAACAAGUUCCAAUAAACAUACAUGUUAUAACAUGAAUAAAUAUAAAUAUCAUUAAUAUUGCACAAUCUUAAUUAUGUAUAUUAUGCAUAAGUGUGAACUACAGUAAUCUUGCACCAUUUUAAUCAUGCACAUCCCAAAUUAUUAACUUCACAAGAAAACAGAUUUACUUGAUAUUUUCACUUCAUAAUCAAUCAAU